AUGAUCGAAUGGGGUCCCUUCGAAUAUUUUAUUCUGCUCACCAUCGUUGGUAAUUGUGUCGUCCUCGCCCUCGAACAACAUUUACCAAAAAACGACAAAAAGCCGUUAUCAGAAUGGCUGGAGAGGACCGAGCCAUAUUUUAUGGGUAUUUUCUGUGUAGAAUGCGUCUUGAAAAUUACCGCCAACGGGUUCCUCUUUCACAAAGGCUCUUAUCUGCGCUCAGGAUGGAAUAUUAUGGAUUUUAUUGUCGUUGUUUCCGGAUGUGUGACGAUGUUGCCGUUCAGUCCAGUUCAGACGGGUGGUCCCCAGGUGGAGACGGUGGAUUUGAGGACGUUGCGAGCCGUGAGAGUGUUGCGGCCGUUGAAGCUUGUGUCUGGGAUUCCCAGUUUACAAGUCGUCUUGAAGUCCAUCCUCUGCGCCAUGGCCCCGCUGCUCCAAAUUGGACUGCUCGUGUUAUUCGCCAUCGUCAUCUUCGCCAUCAUCGGCUUAGAGUUCUACUCGGGAAUCUUCCACAACGUGUGCAAGAAUGACCGUGGAGAGAUCGAGAACAUCUCGGAGAGGCCCUUCCCCUGUGCGGUGAAGAACGAGACGCAAGGGGCUUACUACUGUGAUGUGCCCGGGACGGAAUGUGUGUCCGGAUGGAUUGGACCGAAUUUCGGGAUCACUUCAUUCGAUAACAUCGCAUUUGCCAUGAUCACGGUCUUCCAGUGCAUUACUAUGGAGGGCUGGACGACGGUGAUGUACUAUACCAACGAUUCCAUCGGCAACAUGUACAACUGGGCCUACUUCAUCCCCCUCAUCGUGCUCGGUUCAUUUUUCAUGCUCAACCUCGUUCUCGGAGUGUUGUCUGGAGAGUUCGCAAAAGAAAGGGAGCGUGUGGAAAACCGACGGGAAUUCCUGAAGCUUCGACGACAACAACAGGUCGAACGUGAGCUGGCCGGAUACCUAGAUUGGCUCCUCAGCGCUGAAGAAGUUAUUCUCAAAGAAGAUCGGACAACUGAGGAAGAGAAGCAAGCCAUCAUGGAAGCAAGGAGAAGAGCAGCCUCCAAGAAACUAAAAUCCGGCGCUAAACAACAGUCAACAGAAACUGAGGAGGAAUUCGAAGAAGAGGAGGACGACCUAGAAGAUGAAUAUGAAGAUGAAACAGUGCAAGAAGAAUUUCCGGGAGCCGGUAAAAGAAAAAGAGGCAUCACAGAAAUUGUCAACAGAAAAAUCCGGCAAGCCAGGGUGCAAGUUCGAAUCAUCGUAAAAACACAGUUAUUCUACUGGUCUGUGAUCACUUUGGUUUUUCUCAACACAAUUUGCGUCGCUUCUGAGCAUUACGGCCAGCCAGAUUGGCUCACUGAAUUUCUAGAAUAUUCCGAAUUCGCCUUUCUGAGUUUGUUCGUGCUGGAGGUGUUGCUGAAGGUGUUUGCCAUGGGCCAUCGAGCGUACUGGGCUUCAAAAUUCAAUCGAUUCGACUGUAUUGUCAUUGUUGGCUCGGCAUUUGAAGUCAUCUACUCCGAGAUCAAGGGCGGUUCCUUCGGUAUCUCCGUGCUUCGAGCCUUGCGGUUACUUAGGGUUUUCAAAUUGACAAGUUACUGGGUCUCACUGCGUAAUCUGGUGAGAUCGUUGAUGAACUCGAUGAGGUCUAUUAUCUCACUGCUGUUCCUGCUCUUCUUGUUCAUCCUCAUCUUUGCCCUCCUUGGAAUGCAGCUGUUCGGAGGAAAAUUCAACUUCCCGAACAUGCACCCAUACACCCAUUUCGAUACAUUCCCGGUUGCAUUGAUCACAGUGUUUCAAAUCCUUACUGGUGAGGACUGGAACGAGGUGAUGUAUCUGGCCAUCGAAGCGCAAGGCGGUAUCUAUGGAGGCGGGAUGGUGUAUUGCGUCUACUUCAUCGUGCUCAUGUUGUUCGGCAACUACACCCUGUUGAACGUGUUCUUGGCUAUCGCCGUCGACAACUUGGCGAACGCGCAGGAAUUGACAGCCGCAGAAGAAGCUGACGAAAAAGCAAAUGAAAUCGGCGAGGAGAGCGAUAUUGAGGAGGAGCAUUGCAUCAUCGACAUGGAAGGCAAAACAGCUGGAGAUAUGUGUGCUAUCCAACGUCAAAUGGAUGAAGAAGAAUGUGAAGAGGAGGAAAGUCCCUUCGGCGGCCCUCGCCCUAUGGUACCCUAUUCUUCCAUGUUUUUCCUUUCCACCACCAAUCCCAUCCGGGUACUGGUACACGCCAUCUGCUCAACCAAAUACUUCGAAAUGGUCGUGAUGAUUGUCAUUUUGCUCUCUUCGAUAUCAUUGGCCGCUGAGGAUCCGGUGUGGGAAGACAAUCCCAGGAAUAUGUACCUUCAAUACCUGGACUACUGCUUUACCGGAGUGUUCGCUUGCGAGAUGUUCUUGAAGCUAAUCGACAUGGGUAUCAUUCUCCAUCCUGGCGCCUACUGCCGUGACUUCUGGAACAUCCUCGACGGUGUCGUCGUCACAUGCGCACUUGUCGGCUUUGCAUUCUCUGGAGCGGAAGGUGGUGCCGGAAAGAACUUGAGUACGAUCAAGUCUUUGCGAGUGCUGAGAGUGUUGCGACCUCUUAAAACUAUCAAAAGGAUUCCGAAGCUCAAGGCCGUAUUUGACUGCGUGGUGAACUCCUUGAAAAACGUGUUCAACAUAUUGAUCGUUUACUUUUUGUUCCAGUUCAUUUUCGGUGUCAUCGCUGUCCAGCUUUUCAAAGGCAAGUUCUUCUUCUGUACCGACAGUACCAAGAAGUUUGCAAAUGAAUGCCAUGGAGAGUAUUUCAUCUUUGACAAUCAGAAUGAACCUCCACGAAAAGAGACGAGGCAAUGGGUACUGCGAAACUUCAAUUAUGACAAUACGAUCAAUGCCAUGCUGACGUUGUUUGUUGUAACCACCGGAGAGGGAUGGCCUGGAAUCCGCCAAAAUUCGAUGGACACCACGUAUGAAAACCAGGGGCCCUCACCAUUCUUCCGAGUGGAGAUGGCCCUCUUCUACGUGAUGUUCUUCAUCGUGUUCCCAUUCUUCUUCGUCAACAUCUUCGUGGCUUUGAUUAUCAUCACAUUCCAGGAGCAGGGUGAAGCCGAAUUGUCGGAGGGGGAUCUGGACAAGAAUCAGAAACAAUGUAUCGAUUUCGCUCUCAACGCUCGUCCUCGAUCGCUAUUUAUGCCGGAAGAUAAAAACUCGAUCAAAUAUCGUAUUUGGAAGCUCGUCACCUCGCCCCCAUUCGAAUACUUCAUUAUGGCUAUGAUUUGCUCAAACACGGUCAUUCUCAUGAUGAAGUACUACAAGAAUGCUCCAAACUACGAGGCUGUUCUCCGGUUAUUCAACACCUCGCUAACAGCAGUGUUUACCGUUGAGGCCAUUUUGAAAAUCUUGGCGUUUGGUGUUCGGAACUAUUUCCGAGACGGGUGGAAUCGAUUCGAUUUCGUGACUGUCAUUGGUUCAAUUACUGAUGCCUUGGUUACAGAGUUUGGAAAGCAUUUCGUAUCGCUCGGUUUCCUGCGUCUCUUCCGUGCGGCUCGUCUCAUUCGUUUGCUCCAACAAGGAUAUACCAUCCGAAUCCUUCUCUGGACAUUCGUGCAAUCGUUCAAGGCACUGCCAUAUGUCUGUCUGCUGAUUGGAAUGUUAUUCUUUAUCUACGCUAUCGUCGGCAUGCAGGUGUUCGGAAACAUCUACCUCGACUCGAAAACGGAACUGAAUCGACAUAACAACUUCCAAUCGUUCUUCAACUCAUUGAUCCUCCUCUUUCGGUGUGCAACGGGUGAAGGCUGGCAAGACAUUAUGAUGGCGUGUACCGCCGGGAAGAACUGCGCUAAAUUUAUCGAUUUCGAUCCGAUUCUCAACAAGACUGUUGGAAUGCUGUCUAACGAGCCAAGCGCAAAAGGGGCUGUCUGCGGAACCCAGGGUAGCUACGCGUACUUCACUUCCUUCGUCUUUCUCUCAACAUUCUUGAUGCUCAACUUGUUCGUCGCCGUCAUUAUGGACAACUUUGACUACCUGACUCGUGAUUCUUCCAUCCUCGGCCCUCAUCAUCUUGAUGAGUUCAUCCGAGUAUGGGCUGAUUACGAUCCUGCAGCAACUGGCCGAAUCCACUACACCGAUAUGUACGACAUGUUACGAAAUAUAGCACCGCCUGUCGGUUUCGGCAGAAAGUGUCCGUAUCGGUUGGCUUAUAAACAUCUAAUUCGGAUGAAUAUGCCUGUGGCUGAGGACGGGACUGUACAUUUUACGACGACUCUCUUUGCUUUGAUCCGAGAAAGCUUGUCGAUCAAAAUGAGACCUGUCGAAGAAAUGGAUGAAGCUGAUGAAGAGCUCCGGCAAACCCUGCGAAAAGUCUGGCCUCUGAAAGCGAAGAAAAACAUGAUUGACCUGGUUGUUCCACCCAAUCAAGAACUGUGCUACCAACGGCUAACCGUCGGCAAAAUCUAUGCUGGACUUCUAAUCCUCGAAAAUUACAGGGCCAAGAAAUCUGGUACCGAGAUUGGCGGCGGUGGAUUGUUCGGUGGAGGGUUGCGAUCGCUGGUUUCUGCCGCAAAAGCUGCUGCUGGAGCCGCACACAGUCCACCAAAUGUUGAGCAACAUCCACGAGAUCAAUUGGCACCGAAUAACAACAACCUGGAGCAGUCGAGGAGUGCUAGCCCAAAUAGACCGUAUUCGCUGUUCUCCACGCUGGUUGAUACAAUCAAGGCGGCGAAGAGUUCAGAGAGUAUUGAGCACGAGCAGCAACAACAAACUGCACCCGUGAUGGCACAACCAUACCAGAACCAUGUACCUCAACAGUUGCCUCAACAAACACAAAAUCCGGAACCAAAACCAGGCGGUCGACGAUUAUCGGAUAUGUUCUCCCGCCUUCGUCGUGGUAGCAGCAACCCACCACAUGGACAUGAUCAUCAUCCCCAUCAGACAGAGCAACUGCUGCCAUCGAAAUCAAGGUCGAGGUCGCCUUCGCCUCGGUAUCAGGCUAUGCAUACGAGGGAUUCACCACCAAGUCCACCGCAUGGUUAUGGAAGAUAUCGAGAUUCUCCACCUUCGUCCCGAUCCGAUUAUCCAAUGUCAGUACGCGAGCCUAUGCUGCCAAGAGCCAACCGAAACCGGUCCGGAUAUUACGAUAGAUCUCCGAUCUACUCGGAAGACUCGAGCAUGGGUGGACCUGACUUCCCAGGACCCAGACGUGACUAUCCCAGCAGUCGAUACAACGGGUCUCCAACCUCAUCGAUAAUAUCUGAGGAAGAGGAUCCGAUGCCGGCUGCUGUUCGACAGCGGCGAUUGCCCUUGAUCGGGAGCUUGCCAUCACAAGGGCGGUACCCUCCAUCGACCAGUGCUGCUGCCCCAUAUUCCGGAUAUGCCAGCCAUGGUCAAUAUAGCGGGUACAGCAGCGGCCCUUCAAACGCCUACAGCUCGACCGGCCCCUCCAAUGCCUAUUCGUCAACAGGAGCAUACGGAACCAGCUACCACUCGCCAAUUUCCCCCAGGUCUAACGCCAGCUACUACACACCGCGCGGAGGUGUUGCCGCAAAUCAGGGCCCAACACCCGGCCUCUACGAAAUCCCAUCACCAAGCCCUCAACGUGCGGCCGAAAUGUUCUUCCACGGGUCACCGAGAAGAUCGCAACCACCAUCAACAUCGCGUGGCCCGAGAACAAGGGUCAUCCAAGCCCAGCCCGGAACCGUCCCACUCUCCGAUUCCGAGGGCGAAACAGACCGUGAAUGGGCCCAUCUU